UACUGCCACUCGAAUAAACACACUCGGACUGGUAUCGUUAUGACGGCAGAAGAGGAACCGACUGCUCCGACCGGACAGCCAACACCGGACGAUAGACCCCCCGCACCAGGCGCACAGCCGACACCCGGUGAUAGUAAGAAAUGUGCAGUCUGCCCAGAAGACGGUUUGGAGAAGCUUGGACCAGCACCUGGAGGAAGAGUAUUGGGUGAACCGGUGCGAGGAAUGGCAAGUUACUACCUCUGCCAGGAACAUUGUUGCUCAAAGAUUACCGAGUCGAGCAAGCGGUGCAGAGACGUCGUCAAUCAAGAAGGACCUGUGGAGAAUGCAGCGCUUAGGAAGCGGGACAACCCGGAUACAGACCAGCUUUGCCGCUUCCACAUCAAACAGGCCAACGAGCACGCCGCGGCGAGACGUCAGCGGGCGGCCAUGAAACGGGUUCAAGAUGAUCCCUCGUCACCCGCAGAAUUCCAGCCUAGUCAUCACCUCUUCGCCAAGGCCCCUACGGCUCGACCUCCUCCGUUGAUGCGAGGACGUAUCAUACCCUUCUUUGGUAGCAAUUGCGAAGGAGACCAUCACAAAGGUGGCUACUUUAUUCCGCCGGAAGAUAUUCCCGGAAUGAACGCGACUAGUCGAGAUCUCCAGGAAAUCAUCAGGAACGCGGGGUGCGUCGGGGCGGAUGGUCGAAUGGGUGACGGUCGGAUGAGGCUCAAGAAAGAUGACGAGUCGUGGGAGUACAUCUACAAAUCAAUAUACCAAGACCGUACUACCUAUGCUAUCCUUGAACGAAAGCCUCCUUCCUUUCCCGACUCCAUCUCAGCCAACGACAGAUUCCUCCAGAUGGUCAGGAAAAAGCUUCCCAAAUUCUUCAGGUUAUCCGGUAUUUCCGUGCAGGAAGGGGACAAUGUCACUGGUAAAAUCUUUGAGAAGCAAGCGACAUCUGGACCUGAUCAACACGCAGCCCUGGAAACCUGGGGACACCAGAGCGAGGCUGAUGAUAGGACCGACGCAUGGAACAGCAUGCUGCUCAAGGCUCACGGAGCGGUGGAAGAUCUUGCCGAUAGCUCCUUGCUUGGACAAAUGGACGACCUGUUUGAUGUAUUCUUUGCGCAGCGAGUGGUUUCUACGGCUGGCACGUGGUCCGGUCCCGGUACCACCAUCGGCCAAGGAGCGGUAAUGGAGGUCGAGAUCGAGACGGGGAGCAAGCUGUGGGUGGUCCAUGCGGAAGGGGCAAUGGACGAGGUCGUGUUUACGGGACCGGGUGACAAGAUCCUCUUUCGCCCUCAUUGUCGAUGGACUGCAUAUUCGAUCGAACCGACCGUCAUGCACGUAAGGCACAUCUUGCAUUCCGACUGGAUCGAUCAGAAGCUCGGUAUCGUCAUCGGCGAUACCCCCGACUCAUCGGUCGUCAAGGCUCUCUACUGUGCCAUGGUCCUCUCGCUCAAGAACGAGCCGAAGAGUGACCGAAGGGAUGCCGUCUUCCAGGGUUUCCUUCAGAGGUACGAGGCGUAUAAGGAGGAAGCGGACCUGAAGGGGUUGGCGGAUUUGGUGGUGAAGAUGAUUGAGGGUCAGGGAGAGAGCGAAGAUGUCGAUUGAGGAGGGAGAUGGUGAUCGUCGAGUUUGACCCGCUUUGAAACAGACGGCAUUAAGCUUCCGCCAACUGUUUGGGCUUUUUGUGCUUACGCGCUUUGUGGCGUGUACCCUACGUUCUAAUCGAUACCUAUCUACGUCCAUGUCCAUGUCCAUGUCGCUGCCGCUUCGGCUUUUGUAAACAUGACGAUUGAUCGGGCUCAUUCGAUAAUUGACGCAGU